AUGGUGUCCCGUAAGCAACCCGACUUUCUAUUUCUGAUGGAGACUAAAGUAGCAAGAGAUCAUGCAGAGCGACUUCGUGUUACGAUGGGGUUUGAGGGUUUGUUCUAUGUUGAUAACGAUGGCUUAAGUGGAGGAUUAGCGUUAUUGUGGAGAAAGAAUAAUACGGCAAGAUUACUGAGUUAUGCGAAGAACUAUAUUGAUAUUGAGGUCACUAUGACAGGUUAUCCGCGCUGGAGGAUGACGUGUUAUUAUGGCUUCUCAGAACGUAGUCGUCGUGCCGAGUCUUGGAACGUGUUGAGGACCCUUGCGGCAAAAUCGAAUCUCCCUUGGAUCGUGAUGGGGGAUUUUAAUGACUUAUUAUAUCAGUACGAGAAGAGGGGAGGAAAUCCGCAUCCAAAUAGCCUUUUACGGGGUUUUGGAGACACAUUAGAGGAUUGUGGCCUAGCGCAACUGCCGAUGGUGGGAUAUCCAUAUACCUGGGAGAAGGGGAAGGGAACUGUGAAUUGGAUUGAGGAGAGACUAGAUAAGGUUCUGGUGACGGAUGGGUGGCGUAACGUGGUUCCCCAUGCUAAAGUUACGAAUCUGAGAACCAGAAAGUCGGAUCAUUCUGCUAUUUUCUGUGGAAUUAAUGAGGAAGUACGGGUGAAUGGAGCAAGAAGGAGGGGAUUUCGGUUUGAGAUGGCCUGGUUGUACGAUGAGGGAUGUAGGGGAGUAGUGGAGCAAGCAUGGGACGAGGGAAGAGGGCAGGGGUUGCAAGAGUGUAUUCAGUACUGUGGAAACCGGUUAACACGCUGGGGUGGGGAUCGGUUCCAUAAGUAUGGGAGACAGAUUCUAAUGCUGAAAAAGGAUCAGGAACGGUUGAGGGGUCGUACUGAUGCGGCUUCACUUGCUGAAUUCCAGUAUGCCUCGCAUCGUAAGAAAAAGAAUACUAUAUCUAAGAUAAUGAAUGAUAAUGGGGAUUGGUUGGAAGGGGAACUUAUGAGAAAAAAUAUUUUGGAUUAUUUCAACAAUAUUUUCACUUCUGGGACUCCGGGGACAGGGGAGGAGUUCUUUGGGAAGGUAGAGAAACGGGUAUCACAGGCACAGAAUGACUCUCUAUUACAAUCCUUUACGGUGGAGGAGGUGAAAGAUGCAUUGUUUGCGAUGUAUCCUGAUAAGGCUCCGGUCGCGGAUGGAAUGAACCCGGGGUUUUAUCAGCACUUUUGGGAUGUAGUGGGAGGGGAUGUGGCGAGCUUCGUGAUUAAUUGUGUUGAAACGUGUGAACUUCCGCCUGGCUUAAAUAAUACGGAUAUUGUGCUGAUUCCAAAGAAGAAUAACCCGGAGAUGGUAACUGACCUGCGUCCUAUUGCUCUUAGUAAUGUGGUCUACAGAGUUAUUGCGAAGAUAAUGACUAAUAGAAUGAAACCAUUGAUGGAUGAUAUAAUAUCUGAGUCACAGAGUGCUUUCAUUCCGGAUAGGUUGAUAACGGAUAAUAUUUUGCUAGCAGCGGAGGUAGGCCAUUUUUUGAACAGAAAACAGUGUGGAUUAGGGGGAUGGGGUGCACUUAAGCUAGACAUGGCAAAAGCUUAUGACCGGAUGGAGUGGCCCUAUCUUCGUAACAUGAUGAUGGCGUUGGGUUUUCAUAGGAACUGGGUGGACUUGGUUAUGAAAUGUGUAACUACGGUUUCCUAUAGUAUCCUGGUGAAUGGCUCUAGAAGUGAUCCAAUUAUACCCACCCGUGGACUGAGACAGGGAGAUCCGUUAUCCCCAUAUUUAUUUAUUAUCUGUGCGGAGGGACUUUCACUUAUGUUGCAACAGGCUAACAGGGAAGGGCUGAUUCAUGGAUGUAGAGUGGCGAGAGGUGCCCCCCAAGUCUCUCAUUUAUUUUUUGCGGAUGACAGCCUAUUGUUUUUCAAAGCUAAGGAGGAGGAGGCGAAUGAGAUUAAGAGAUGUCUGACAGCAUAUGAGAACCUAUCCGGACAGGUGGUUAACUACCACAAGUCAAAUAUUUGCUAUAGCAGAAAUACAGGAAUUAUUGACAGGGAUAAUGUGGCUCAGGUUUUGGGGGUGACACAGGCCCCGAAUUUUGGCAAAUAUCUGGGACUACCCUCGUUUGUUGGAAGGAAUAAGAAGGCAGCCUUUGCUUAUAUUGAAGACAAAAUACGCCAAAGGAUUGGAUAUUGGUGGGACUCGGGAGGUGAUAGACGAAUACACUGGAAGGCUUGGGAUAAACUUUGUGUCCCAAAGAAAUAUGGGGGACUGGGAUUUAAGGAUUUACGUGCAUUUAAUCUGGCAAUGUUGGGGAAGCAGGCGUGGCGAAUGCUCACUAAACCUGACUCUUUAGUGGCUCGUGUCUAUAAAGCCCGGUAUUUUCCUAAAGGAACGUUUUUUGAUGCACAGGUUGGAAAUAACCCCAGUUUCUGUUGGCGGAGUAUUAUGGCAGCAAAGAGUAUAAUUUGUAGUGGGGUCAGACGAAGAAUCGGAAAUGGGGAAACAACUUUUAUAUGGACCCACCCUUGGUUACAAGAUGAAGACGACCCUAUGAUACGAACGGAAAUGCCAGUACAAUUACAAGGAUCUAGAGUAAGGGGGUUAAUAGAUCAACAAACAGGAACAUGGGAUAAUGACAUUCUAACAGAUUUAUUCCAACCUGAUGAUGUGGGAAGAAUUAUGAGAAUACCUGUCUCCCUGGACUACAAUGAUACAUGGUAUUGGCAUGGGGUAUUGGCAUGGGGACCCAAAAGGACUAUAUUCUGUGAAGAGUGGAUACAGGCGGAUAGAGGGAGACUACGAGAGCCAAAGUGGCGAGUUUAUGAAUUGGCUAUCUCUAUGGCGACUCAAAAUACCCCCAAAAUGGAGAAUGUUCCUUUGGAGAGCCAUUUGUGA